AUGACGGAACACUAAAUCAAGAAGAAUCUAUUAGACUAAGGGAAGAUGGUUCAUAUUUAUUAGCUAAUAACGUAAGAAUAUCUCUUGAUAAUGUCAUUCGAAAUCCGGGGCAAUCAGAAAAUCAAACAGUAGGAGAAAUAGAAUUAACAUUGGUAUUCAUUAGUAGUGAACCAGGAACCUUCUAA